GCUUCUGUCCCGAGCUGCUGCCGGCCACCCCCCCCCCACCCAAGCCUGCUUCCCCCCCUGCCCCCGCAACCUCUCCAGCCCACACUCCACCCGUCCUCCUCUCGAGACCCCUGUCUGCGCCAUGCGCAUGUGAGCCAGCCAAGCCGAGGAAGACAAGAGUGGAUCGAGCGAGAGUAAUCUCCGCGGGUCAACACCCCCGACACCCACCCUCCACCUCCUCCUUGUGCCUGUUUUACAACCUCGCGCCGCCCCCUCCACCUUGGGACUCCGUUUCCUAACCCCUUCUGUCGCCUGGAGCAAUUAGGCCGACAGGCGAGGCCCCCCCACUACCCCAGCAAACCCCCGCCCCCCCAAAACCGACUCGUCAAGCAGCAUGGAGAACGGGCACACUAAAACCACUGAGGAGUGCGUGGCCUAUUUUGGGGUCAGCGAGCUGGCUGGAUUGUCGCCAGAGCAGGUCAAAAAGAACUUCGACAAGUAUGGGCCGAACGAGCUACCGGCUGAAGAAGGAAAAUCCCUUUGGCAACUGGUGGCCGAGCAGUUCGAAGAUUUGUUGGUGCGAAUUCUGUUGCUGGCAGCCUGCAUCUCUUUCGUUCUCGCCUGGUUUGAGGAGGGAGAGGAGACAAUCACUGCCUUCGUGGAGCCCUUUGUCAUCUUGCUGAUCCUCAUUGCAAACGCCGUGGUCGGAGUGUGGCAGGAGAGGAAUGCUGAAGAUGCCAUUGAGGCCCUGAAGGAAUAUGAGCCCGAGAUGGGGAAGGUGUACCGGACAGACAAGAAGCUGGUCCAGAGGAUAAAGGCUCGGGAGAUUGUCCCCGGUGACAUUGUGGAGGUGGCAGUUGGUGACAAGGUGCCAGCUGACAUCAGGAUCGUCAAGAUUAUAUCCACCACGUUGCGGGUUGAUCAGUCCAUCCUGACGGGUGAAUCGGUGUCUGUCAUCAAGCACACUGACCCAGUGCCAGACCCUCGAGCUGUGAACCAGGACAAGAAGAAUAUGCUGUUCUCUGGCACCAACAUAGCAGCUGGUAAAGCCACGGGCGUGGUGGUGGCCACCGGCGUGAACACGGAGAUCGGCAAGAUCCGGGAUCAAAUGGUGGCCACCGAGCAGGACAAGACACCGCUGCAGCAGAAGCUGGACGAGUUCGGAGAGCAGCUCUCCAAAGUUAUCUCCCUCAUCUGUGUCGCAGUCUGGCUCAUCAACAUCGGACACUUCAACGACCCCGUCCAUGGAGGCUCCUGGAUCCGAGGCGCGGUCUACUACUUCAAGAUCGCAGUCGCCCUGGCCGUGGCAGCUAUUCCAGAAGGGCUGCCUGCUGUGAUUACCACCUGCCUGGCACUCGGUACCCGCAGGAUGGCCAAGAAAAAUGCCAUUGUCAGGAGCCUGCCCUCUGUAGAAACACUGGGCUGUACAUCGGUCAUCUGCUCAGACAAGACUGGCACUUUGACCACGAAUCAGAUGUCUGUCUGCAAGAUGUUCGUGCUUGACAAGGUGGAUGGGGAUGUCUGCUCGCUGAACGAAUUCUCCAUCACAGGAUCCACGUACGCCCCAGAGGGAGAAAUACAGAAGAACGAGAAAACGAUUAAGUGUGGUCAGUACGAUGGGUUGGUGGAGCUCGCUACAAUCUGUGCUCUCUGCAACGACUCGUCACUUGAUUACAACGAGGGGAAGGGCAUCUAUGAGAAGGUGGGCGAGGCGACAGAGACAGCCCUGGUCUGCCUGGUAGAGAAGAUGAACGUCUUUAACUCCGACUUGCGCUCCAUGUCCAAAGUGGAAAGGGCGAAUGCCUGCAGCUCCGUGAUUAAGCAGUUGAUGAGGAAGGAAUUUACGCUGGAGUUCUCCCGUGAUCGCAAGUCCAUGUCGGUCUACUGCAGCCCGGCCAAAGCUUCGAAAGCUGCGGUGGGCAACAAGAUGUUUGUGAAGGGCGCCCCCGAAGGGGUGAUCGAGCGCUGUAACUAUGUACGUGUCAACGCCACCCAAGUGCCCCUGACAAACGCAGUCCGCGACAAGAUCCUAUCGGUCAUCAAGGAGUGGGGCACAGGCAGGGACACACUGCGAUGCUUGGCACUAGCCACCCGCGACAGGCCGCCCAACAGAGAGGAGAUGGACCUGGAAGAUUCCACCAAGUUCUCGGAGUACGAGUCUGACCUGACCUUUGUGGGGGUGGUGGGUAUGUUAGACCCACCGCGGAAGGAGGUGAUAGGCUCCAUCCAGCUGUGCCGGGAGGCAGGUAUCCGGGUGAUCAUGAUCACCGGCGAUAAUAAGGGCACCGCCGUCGCCAUCUGCCGCCGUAUCGGCAUCUUCAGCGAGGACGAGGACGUGGUCGGCCGUGCCUUCACCGGCCGGGAGUUUGACGAUCUGUCUGCCGCGGAGCAGCGCAUGGCCUGCCGCGACGCGAGCUGCUUCGCCCGCGUCGAGCCCGCGCACAAAUCCAAGAUCGUGGAGUACCUGCAGUCCUUCGACGAGAUCACCGCCAUGGUGAGGCGCCAGCGAGCAAUGGGAAUGGGUCGGCGGGGCGGGCUGAAUGGCCUCCUGUCCCGGUGUAACAGGCUCUGA